AAUAACAAACUGACCCAAAUUGCUGAUAAAACUGAAACGCUCCGACGAAUAUUCAUCAGUCAUUUAAAUUUUCUGUCGCAAUGGACAUACUAGAAGACAAGAUGCCAUAUCUAGAAGUCGACGAUGAGGUCUACGAGGAUCCGGCAUGCAAUGCCAAUAAUCCCCAAACUAUCGGUUUUGAAGACAUCACGUCUGCAGCUUUUAAAAUCAAGAACGGCGUAAUAACAACCCCUUGCACGAAAUCUCAUCUGUCUGAUAUUACUGGUAUGGACAUUUACCUGAAACAAGAAUUUCUGCAAUACACUGGAAGUUUCAAGGAAAGGGGUGCUCGUUACGCCCUGCUGAUGUUAGCCGAAGAAUCUAAACAGAAAGGUGUAAUUUCUGCGUCGCUCGGAAACCAUGCUCAGGCGUUGAGUUACCAUGGUUUUAAACUGGGUAUCCCAGUUACCGUAGUCAUGCCGGUAGUUGCACCAAUUAUGAAGAUUCAAAAGUGCAAAAAAUACAAUGCUACGGUUGUUGUCCAAGGCAAAGAUAUGGGAGAGGCUAAGAAAAUCGCCAUGCGGAUUGCCAAAGAGAAAGGGUUCACUUACAUCAAUGGAUACGAUCAUCCUCAUAUCAUGGCCGGACAAGGAACCAUCGGCUUGGAGAUCUUCGAUCAAGUCGAAGACAUCGAUGCGGUCAUUGUGCCAACAGGUGGAGGAGGAUUAAUUGCUGGAAUCGGAUUGGCGUUGAAAACACUAAAUCCAAAUAUAAAGAUUAUUGGGGUGGAAUCUGAGAGGUGCUCGAGUUUUUCGAAAGCCAUGGAAGUUGGAAGACCGGUUCACGUCGAUAUACAAGCCACCUUGGCGGAUGGUUUAGCCGUACCAAUGGUUGGUUAUAAUGCUUUCGCAACAGCCAGACCACUCAUUGAUAAACUGGUAGUUGUCAAAGAAGAAUUCAUUGCUUUGGCAAUCCUUCGGUUAAUUGAAUUGGAAAAAUGCGUGGUAGAAGGAGCUGGAGCGGCCGGUCUGGCAGCUAUCCUUGCCGGAGAAUUGAAUGAGCUAAAAGGAAAAAGAGUUGUUUUAAAUUUGUGUGGAGGAAAUAUAGAUACAACAAUCCUUGGUAGAUGCCUGGAACGUGGAUUGGCAGCCGAAGGAAGGUUAAUCAAAGUCUCCGUUACUGUCAGCGAUAGACCGGGUGGUAUUUCGGAAUUGUGCAAACUUAUAAGUUCCAUUGGUGUGUCGAUAAAAGAUAUUUUGCAUGAGAGGGCUUGGGUUACCUACGACGUGUUCAGUGUUGAGGUAAAAGUAAUGUGUGAAACUAGAGAUUACGAACAUGCUAUAAAACUGAAGAAACUUCUAAGCAGUAUGUACAAAAAGGUGGAAUUUAUUGAUUUCCCCACAACUGAUAUAAUCAAUCCUAUGGAUUUGAAGCUUAACAAUAAUCGUGUUUAAUUGGAGAUUAUUUAUAAUAAUUUUAUUAAAUCAAAUAUAUUUUAACAAAACAAAAGAUCCAUUAUUU